AUGUCUGCGCCGCUGGUGGCUUCAGCGCAAGCGCACGCCGGUUUGGUAAGAUGGUCACUGCUGUGGGUUUUGCUCGAGGCCGUCUUCCUUGCCUUGUUUUGGGGUGCGAGAUACUUGACGAUCAGCACAGACAACCUCGCGCACUUAAGGCGGGUGACGAAAAUAAACCGUAGUUAUGUGACAAAUCCACCAGGACCUCCCGCUGCGCCAACACCAACAUCAAAAAGCAAACAGGAGACCGCAACAAAAACAAACGCCGGCGGUGCCGGAAUAAAUUCCCGCCCCGAGCGGCAGCGCAGAAGCCCUACUGAACUCCGCGGAGCCCACGAAACUUUGCGGCAGCGUCUAUUACCGUCCUUGGACGCGUGCUCCCUUUCUAUCGUGAGAAAAAAUCCCCCCUCCCCAUAUCGAAAACGAAAUCUGUGAUGCUGUAUUUGAGCCUCAAGUCGACUUGUAAUGCUAGAAGGCCAAGAGACGCAGCUGUGGCCUCGUUUGCAGGCAAUUUGUCACGCUGUUUCCCACUUCCAGCUGCCCCCUGUCAUGCUGAAGAUGCAAGGCUUUCCCACGCCAACCAGCGCUACAGUCCGCAUCUUUUCCCUUCUAGCAUGACACAGCUGAUUUGUGACCGCAAAUCUGCGUCACAAAUUUCUAGUUUAAGUAUGGGGUGGGGGGAUUUUUCCUUUUGAUACUUUCCGUCGGAUUUUCGAAGAAGACAAACGAGGGGAACAAGACAUCAUCUUCGAAGCUGAUCUCCCCCGAUGUGGUUUCUGGAAAAUUGCCGACGACGCAUGCGUUCUGGCGGUCGCGAGCGGACUGCACUGCCCUGCAGUUCUGCCACGAUCAGCGUCCCUCUCCACCCGAGUGUGACCUGUGUGUGGUCAUUGGGCAAUUUGUGGAGAAGGAUCGCCUCUAUUCGCAACGAAUAUGCCGUGGCCGGUUUACGGGGGGGUCGUCCGCUAUGGGGGUGUCAGGAUCGUCGAAAUCGACAAAGUAGAAAUAAUCUGUCAUGCACAAAAUGCGACACAGAGGGUGCCUCUAUUGCAGGGGAUGGAAAGGAGGCUGAUUUUAGUCCUGCUAAGGGUCAAGAGUUGGGCUGCUGACUAGCACGACAGCAGGGAGCUCCUUUACUUACCCUAAACAGCAUGACAGAUGACUCGCUUCCGGCGCGGGGAAAAUUUGCCAUGCGCCGACUAUAAGCCCUGGGUCCAACUGGAGGUAUCGCUUUUAUGCAUUACAAGUUUUUCGUUUUUGUCGAUUUCGCUUCUGACGCUUCCAUAUCCGCGUGGCAGGAUCCGGUUCAUUUGGGCGACUUCUCGGACCAGGCAGUGCCCGCACGGUAUUGUGAGGAAAAAUCCCCCAUCCCCAUACCAAAGCGGGAUACUUCUGAAAAUUUGUGAUGCUGAUUUGAGACCACAAAUCGUUUCUGUAUUGCAAGCAGGCAAAUCCAAAAACCUGGCCGCGUUCUGCAGGUAAUUUGUCAUGCUGUAUGGCCUACGGAGGAAAUGCCUGCCUUGCUAGGCGCCUACACCAAAACGCACCUAGUCCCGCUUUGUACUUACUUGCCUGCACUCCUCUCCUGCAAGACAAAGCCGACUCGUGUACAGAAGUCCCGCAUCACAGAUUUCCAUUUCGACAUGGGGAGGAAGGAUUUUUCCUUUUGGUACACGGAUCACCUUCAACAUGAGCGGGUGGCUGGAUUUCCGGGUGAAUCCUCUGAACUGGGGCCAUUUCCUUCGCGGCAACUUGGGAUUCGGCAACGCACUCCUGAAAGGAAUCGACGCCCUUCCGUGCGUAUCAAAUGCAAAUAUCGAUCUGCGUCUGGAAGAUUGCAAGGUUUGUCAUGCAUAUUUCGCAUGAGCUAUGAUGCCUGUAAUGCAUGACCGAGCAUCACAAAUUUUUUGCGGGUAUCUAGAUGUCUAUUCCGCAUGACAAAUUCCCGCUCCGGAGCAAAAACUGGACGCCUCGUCUUGCUGCUCAUGCAAUACAGAUUUUUUUAGAUUUCAAAAAUAGCAUCACAAGUUGCAUUCUUCCAGACCCAGACACUUUUGCAAUCCAUAGUGCGAGGUUCGUGGUCCCGAGGUGGCCUACAACAACUGGUGGACUAUGUUGGCGAAGCGCAACAUAUCCUGUGCAAAAACGUCCCCACCCCAUAGUCAAAUUGGUAAAUCUGCAACACAAAUCUCCAAGUUUUGGAAGUUUUGCAGGACAAAUUUUCAUCUGUAGUGUAGGGCUGUUUAGCAAGUGCAGCUGCAUGAGAAAGCCAGCUUCUCAUCCUGUUUCCAGCAUUGCAAAGUCCAAAACACGAUUGAAAAGGCCUCUCAUGCGCAUUACAAAUGUUCCUGUCAUUGCACAUUUGCACGACAACUAUGGGGUGGGGACGUUUUUACUCGGGAUACAACAACACAAAGUGUGACCAGGCUAAAAAGGACAAUCGCCUGGCCUCGAUCGAAGUAGGCGUGGAUCCGGAACUUUCAAAAUUGUUUCCGGACAACGCGACGAACAAAGUUUUUUCUUUUCCAAAUGAGGCGCGCGUCCAAUAUCAGAAUGAAAAAUCCCCCCUCCCCAUACUCAAACUAGAAAUUUGUGAUGCAGAUUUGUGGUCACAAAUCAGCUUUGUCAUGCUAGAAAGGGAAAGAUGCGGACUGUAGUGCUGGUUGGCGUGGGAAUAAGCCUGUGCGUCUUCAGCAUAACAGGUAGCAACUCGAGGCGCGAAACAGCAUGACAAAUUGCCUGCAAACGAGGCCACAGCUGCGUCUCUUGGCCUUCUAGCAUUACAAGUCGACUUGUGUACUCAAAUACAGCAUAACAAAUUUCGUUUUCGAUAUGGUGAGGGGGGAUUUUUCCUUUUGAUAUCCAAGCACAGCUUGCUACGGGGAUGACGUGGUCGAGAACCAUCCGACUUGGCGGCGCGCCGUUCAAUAUGGAUUGCAAAAAUGUCUGGGUCUGGAAGAAUGCCAGACUUGUCAUGCAGGUUUCCCAUGACCCAUGAGGUGUGUGGUAUGUAGGACAUAGCAUGACAGAUUCUACUGUGAGAGUUCUAUCACGCCUAUCCUGCAUGAGAAACUGCCUCUCGAUUAGGUCCAAAGUGGACAGCUUUUGGUAAUCAUGCAACACAGAUUUUUCCAUGAUUUUUCAGAUUUAGCAUGACAAGGUGCUUCUUUCCAGACCCAGACACUUUUGCAUUUGAUAUUCAAGUACGACGACCAACCUGACUACAUCACGUUCAUUCGGAGAAAAGGGCACCGGCAAAUUGAGGGCUGGAAGAUUAUCGCAGAUCUUGCGAAAACCUUUGCCGCUUCCCUCGGUAUGGAGUACAAAGAGGUAUUCAUGGAAGAGAAAACACCAGACGAGCACGCCGCAAUCUCACGCGGCUCCUGCGUGGUGCUGAUGGGCAUGGGGGCGGGUCAGUACACCCUCGAGAUGAUGCAGCCAGGCACAUUAUCCUGUGUAAAAACGUACCCACACCAGAGUCAGGAUGGGGAUUUUGCAACACAAACCUAGGAGUUUUGUGAGUCACGCAUGACAAGUUGCAGGCUGUAUUGUAGUGCAGUUUAGCAAGGGAAGCCGCAUAACAAAUCCACCUCCUCAUCCUGUCCACAGCAUCACAAAUUCCAAAACACGAUUGGAAAUGGCUCUCAUGGGGAUGCGCAUUACAAAUCUUCCUGUAACUGCAAAUCUGCAUUACAACUCUGGUGUGGGUACGUUUUUACUCAGGAUACACAUUCAUGGUCUCCAUAGAUCCCGUGGAUUUUCCCUGGAACCAGUACACAAGGUCCUACGCGUAUCAAAAGAAAAAAGUUCGUCACGAUCACUCAUGGGCAUUUUUGCAAUACAAAAAAUGCGUGUCAUGCGGAAACAUGCACUACAGCCGAACUUCAUACGGGAUUUCCUUUAGUGUUUCUGCAAUACAGGCAAAAGCUGUGAUGCUAAAAAAAUUUGUAAUGCAGAGCCUCCAAGUUAGUGAGUGUGACAAACUUUUUUCUCUCCAUAACGCGAUGUCCAGGGGGCUCACGUAUAUUGAGUCCGUGGGUUACAGCAAAUACAAAGAACUGCAUCUGUACGGCUUCCCCAAUCCGGGCAACAUUAGAAAUUUGGGCCGGGACCCUGUCAAGCGUGAGAUCGAGAACAUUUUCACAGCCAUUCGACACGAGCUGCCAGGUUCUCCUUGUCGAACGAAAACAAAAACGACGAGACGCACAUCUUCAACCACCGGAGGAAUGAGCCGAGAGCUAAAGACCGGCUCAGCGUCAGCAGCAGUCGCUGCACACGACCCCGGGCGCCCGCUCUGGGCCCGAAACCACGGCAAAUCACUAGAGCGCGCACGCAGCACCGACACAAAAGACUGCGUCGCGGCGCACUUGGGCAAAUGGCGCGUGAAUAAGACAGCCACGCCUUCGGACGCGCACCUAAACUGCAUCGGACGCCUUUUCGGCUACGACGAUCGCAUUCACCCGAUCGAGUGCGAUCUUUGCCGUGGUAUCGCGAGGAAUCAUUUCCAGGCCGACAAGCUCUACCACUUGCGGUACUGCAGUGCGUGGUAUUCGGAAGCAACCCAGGCAGCGUGGAGAGAGUUAGCUACUGGCGUCGGGUUCAACAAAACGGCCGGGGCCGCGAGGGCGCUACUGGAAAAUAAGCCACAGGUUGUUGUGGACCGGCCCAUAUGGAUUGUAAAAAUGUCUGGGUCUGGAAGGAUGUAACCUGUGAUGCGCAUUUCAGAACACACAAAAAUCUCUCAUGCAUGGGUAGCAAAAGCUGCCCACUUUCUGUCACCAAAAUGAGGGAUUUGUCAUGCGGGUUCGGCAUUGCGGAAGCUUCUCGAAACCUGUGAUGCUAGAGCUUCCAUGCCAGACCUCCCGUGUCAUGCAGAAACAGCAUGACUCUUCCAGACCCAGACAUUUUUACAUUUGAUAGCCCACGCAGGUAGAAAUUUUUGGGACUAUGAAGCGUGAAGACAUGGAGCCGGGCGAUUUUGUUGGGGGACCACUUGUAUCCAGUGCAAAUAUAAUGUGUGGGUCUGGAAGGCUACAACUUGUCAUGCAGAUUUUACAUGGCCCGCGACGUCUGUGAUGUAUUCGCUAGAAGCGUCACAGAUGUUCUGAGUGCUCUUUGAUGCCGAUCCCGCAUGAGAACAAAUGUCCUGCUCACAUAACAAAAACUAGAUUUCUCCUGCUGCUCAGGCAAUCCAGAUAUUUUUGGAAAAAUCCAAGAGCAGCAUGACAAGUUCCACCUUUCCAGACCCAGACACCACGACAUGUUUGCAUUUGAUAACUUGGGUAUGUAGCCGCGGUGCUGUACUCGGGACGGGUCUUCAGUCCGUGCGCAAUGAUCGUCAAGGGCAGCGCGGCAAAGUUCGAAACUUGGCUCCGCAUGGUGUUUUUGCGGGACCCGGGUCGUGGCGACACUGCGAAAGCCACGCCCUGUCCGGCGGGCGCUGCAACGCUGAAAAUAGACUUGACAAACUGGGACUCCGCAGAAAUGGCGAUGGCAUACGAAGCCAGGAGGUGGGCGCGCAACGGCCAUGCUGUUGGUGCACAAGUGUAGUGCAGGGAAAAUUAUUCUCCAUCUCGUCAUACAACUACUCAAAAGCACAACAUUCCGAGUGCGCGAUCUGUUAAUCAUAAUCACACGACAAAUGUCGACUUGCAUUGCUAAAAAAUCAACAAGAUACGUCAGCACACCUGCGGCCUCAUUUAUUGCAGGCUAUGUCUCAUGCUAUACUUCGCGGCUGUGUAGAAGUUGCUGCUUCUCAUACUGAAGACGCGAAGGUUCUUUAUCACGCCAACCAGCCAGCACUACGAUUCGCAUUUUUAUUUCCUUCGUAGCAUGACAACUUUGCGUCCUCGAUGAUCACAAACCAUGCUACAUAAAUUUCAUGCGAAACAUGGCGAGGUCGAGUUGUUUUUGAUUUUGAUAAAAUGCUUCCUUAUCUGAUUAGCAUUCCUGCACCGGAGGGACCCCGCCGCGAGCUGGCGGCAAGUGAGCACGAAGGCAGGACAGGUGAUGACCGACGGCAGGCAAAGGCAACACUGCCUAAAACGCUGGUGUUUGUGCACGCGGACGGAUCCUAUUCGGGUAAACAAAAAGGUGCGCAGGCAGCUGCUACAGCACUGAAUAGUACUGCGCUGCCGCGCUUAGCGAAAAAGCUGGGACUCUCGUACAAGGUCCUAGAUCUUGGCAGCGCGCAGAAGUCUUCGAAGCUUGCGAGCGCAGCGACACUGGCCGGCUCGCUUGCUUCCGCGUGCGUUAUCGUUGGGGAAAUAAAUCCCCCCUGCCAAUACGCAAGAGAGGACUUGUGAUGCUUCAUUUGUGGUGUCUACAAUAUAGGUUUGCUUGCUGUGUGGGACUACAGGCACGGGUCGUGUCCUGUUGUAGGAACUUAGUGUGGCCGAUCGAUCCUCUGCUCUGCAGGCCCAGCAGCAUUUUUUCGAAGCGCUUGCUUGAUGCGGCGGAGUCUGUGGAGUUGCCAUCUUCUUGCAAGACGGAGUAGAACUACAUCUGUUGCCACAAAUGGGCAUCGCUCUCAGUAUGGGGACAGGGGUGGAUCUUCCCUUACGAUAUGCGUUCUCGUUUCCCUAGUGGGUCCCGGGCAGGGGUUAUUUUCGAUUGCCAAGCCCGGCACGUUCGCAGUUUCCAUCAGCCCAACGGACUGGGUCUACAACGAAUGGGCCCGCUCCCGAGCAUAUGCAUUGCAAACAUGUCUGGGUCUCCUGGGCUUGUGAUGCGAGAAUUAUCGGAUGCCGCGACCAAAAAUAUCCGUACUGCAUGAAGAACCCUAAACCCUAAACCCUAGACUGGCUUGCUUUUUUGCCGUGCAAAUAGAGAGCAAUUUUGCAAGCGAUGUACGACAGAAUCUGUAAGGAAAUUGUUCCUAAAGCUUGGCAUCCCGUCGUGCCGACGUUUCAAAAGGAGCCGCUGCGUCUUUCCAGGACGUCGACUCAGCAACACGAAUUCGCUGCAUCUUUCCGGACCCAGACAUGUUUUCAGUGGAUAGAGCAAUCGCGCGCGGCUUGCAUUAUCUCGAGCUUUCCGAGUCCAUCUUCUACUCCGCAGUGACGAAAGAGGAGCAGCUACCAUUUGUGAAAACGUGCCCACACUAUAGCCAAGUCUGGAACUUUUACUCCGCAAGACAAAUCCAGAACUUUUGGGAGUCGUCGCGCAUGAUAAGUUUCGACUUCAGUGUGGUCAUGCCUAGCUUUAGACCAGCUGCAGAACAAACUCAGCCUCUGCCAGCGACUAGUUCGCGAGAUGAAAUUUCCAAACAGGACUAGAAAACGGUGAGAAAUAAUUUUACGACUUUGCAAAUACGCAUGACAAGAAAUAUGGGGUGGGUAAGUUUUUAGACAGAAUAGGAGAUUUGGGGACGGGACCGCGAGAUAAAUGCAGGGGAAAUCGCCGCUCUGGAAAGCUUUCUGCUCGCUGAGAUGCCUCAUUCAGAGGCCUGCUAA